AUGGGCAGUAUGCCGUCGUUGCGGCGACAGCACCUCCUGGCCGAAUUUGCUGGCCUGAAGCAGGCUUGUCCGGAGGGGGUCUUUGUGAGCUUGACGCCAGGAGACCCGAUGCUAUGGUCCGGCGUCAUGUUUGUGAGGCACGGACCCUACGCUACGGCUAUCCUAAGAUUUCAGAUUUCGUUCCCAGACACAUAUCCUCGACUACCGCCACUGGUCACUUUUUCAACAGACAUUUUCCACCCCCUAAUCACACCAUUAACCACGUACAUGUACACCACCGACAUUCAGGACAACGGCACGGUAAGCGCCACCGACGCAGAGCGCCUACCGCCCGGAGGUUUCAGUCUACGACAUGGGUUUCCCGCUUGGUUUGGGCGGGGCAGCAAAAGCAACGCGGGGAGCCGACAGGUCAGCGGCCAGCAGCAACAACAACCGCCCGCGACGCCUGCCAGAGGCGGUGGGGAGCCACCCAGCACUACGUCGACGCCGAGCUCAAAGGCGACGCCUCUCGGAGGACGGCCUGGGUAUCUCGACACUUCGAGGCGAGAGGUCUCCACGUACGAGGUCUUGCGAUAUAUCCGGAGCACGUUCGAUGACGAAAAGGUGCUAGACUCGGUGCCUCUCGAAGCUGCGGGAAACCCUGGCGCGUGGCAUGGGUGGCGGACACGUCAGCGACAGACGGGCAAGAGUUUUCCUGGCGAUCCGGUACCGCAGGAGAAGAGUGAAAAGGAGCAAGAGAGCGACAAAGUGGCAGAGGCUGCUGAUGGUGCUCAGGAGAAGAAGGAAGGCGAAGCGGAAGGGGAAGCAAAGGUGGUGGAGGUGCCGCCUCCGCUACCUGAGAGGAAGCCUUCCACCAGCGGGAGUGUUCACUCCAUUGUUAGGAAACCUAUCGGUAGUGCGCCUUCCGUCUCCAGAAAGCCUGGGGAAUGGAAUUGGGAAGGCGUUUGGGAGGAUAGAGUACAGAAAGGCAUCGCGACGUCCCUGUCUGAGGCGGUCUUGUACGGGGCGACGUCGGGUGGGGAUGACCUGAUCAACUUCCUUGCAAUGGAGGAAGGCGACGUGGACGCUAUCAUCAUUCCAAGACGUCAGAUCAUCACGUGCAUUACUUACCGUCUUGUUACUUCGACUAUGGGCCUCUCAACUCCCGUAGCCGCAGUUCUCAUCGUUCUCGUCACCGUCGUACCCAUGCUACUCAUCGCAGGCUUCACCGCCCGCUUCAUCUCACGCAACUUCAGGGACGCAGCCGGUGCCAUCGAACCCAAGCCAGCGAGACGCUGGUUCGGCCUCCGACGCGUCAAAUCGAACGACAGCGCCACCACCAGCCUCGCAACCAACACGCUACACUACGCCGACUCGUGGCCGGAUCUCGAAAGUCUUAGGACGUACCAGGACACGCCGACACCUUCGAUCCGGCGCGGCAUCCACGAGUCGUUUGAGCUGGAGUUUCUCGCCGACAAGGCGGAGAACGGAUCGGAGAGGGGCGGUCCCGAAGUCCCGCAGCCGCUCAAGGUUCUCAAGAGACUCGGGCGUGGUUCUGGAGGGGAGUCCCGAGGAGAUGCAAGCGGCUCGCAAUCAGUUGCCGAGACUGACGAGGGUGUAGACGGUGUCUCGGGACCGUUUGGCGAGUCACUCGUUCGGACGGCCACAAGCGCAUCCUCCCUUGUGCUCGUACCGAAUAUUCGUAUCACCCCAGAAAUCAGGGCUCUCGAUGGCAGCACGGCAAGCUUCUGGGUUGCCGUCGAGGUUUCAGGCCACUUGUGUCAACCUCUCAACGGCUUACUCUGCGAUGAUACCUCUGCUGAAUAUGAGUCUGCCUUGCUGAGCAGACUCAAUAAUCCAUCUUCUACAGGCAUGGGUGUAUUCACAGCAUGGAUAUCCAAAUCGUUCCGCUUGGCAACAGUUGUAUUCUUGAGACAAUUCGGGAUGAUCCUAUUCAAACGUAAUGACGACAUUGUACUGCUGCUCGCGCAAGUCCUAGUCAAAUCGCCUCGCUCCACUGCCGUGACUACGCAGCAAGGCCAUGUCAAACACAGGUCAGAUGAGCUGAUUGAUGACUUGGAAUAUCAGUUAGGAGAUUCAAACCUCGAGUAUAUACGCGUUUCGGUCAAGUACAACCAUUCAGCAUUCUUUUGCCAAAGUCGAAAUGACAUCAUCGACAACAUAGCAGAAGGCGGCACAAAACUAGAAACGUUUGCUACGGCCAUCGUCAAGCAACAUAAUCACCGAUCACCAUGGUCCCCAAGUCCAGCACCAACAUACAAUCCCAUUGCGAGCAUCAUCCUUGGAAAUUGGGGGCCAUCGAAAGCUCGUAAUGUGAUUCAUCGUAUAUCACCACAAAGGCCCCUCAGGGCGAAGUCCAGGAUGGACUUGUCUUUGGGAGACGAACCAAUGGAUAUGCUGAGCCCUCCGGUAAUUCCUAGGCGAGAGGCAAGCCUCGGUAGAGACGUGACAGUCAGAAAACCAGAUGCAAUGUACAAUGGGUGGUCUGCCGGGCGUCGGAGGACGUUGGCAGUGGACUUGGACUGGGGUAGGCCUCGCGCGGAAGAAGUCGCGGAAGAAGGGAAGCGGUGGCCAUCAACUGCAACGUGCCCCGGCGAGGCGGCAACCGGGGCCGGAUUCAAGAAUAGGUUUGCGAAUCAUUUGACCGCAUUGAGAAGCCCGCGCUCGAUAGGCCCGGGCGUUUUGAGAGGCUUGGCAUCUUCAGUCGCCGGCACCCGAGAUGAAGGUCAUGAAGCAGGGAACAGACAGGCGCAUGGAGGAGAGUCCCCUCGCGGCCAGGGAAGAAAGUCAUUCAGCCGUUGGAGUUGGACGAGCUGGUGGUCUUGA